GUCGCGGCAGAGUGAGGUCGUCAGGCUGCGCCGGCGCAGUGCGCAGCGGCUUGCCCACGUGAGGCGCGGCUCAGUGGCCGGCGGGAGGCGGAGCUGGGGGGCGCUUCGCUACGGCCGGGAUGCGCUGGGCGACACCGAGGGACAGAGCUGACCUUCGAGAUCAUAAUGCAGCAGAAAAAUGAAAGAACAUAGAAGAAAUUUAAAUUGGAAAAGAAGUCGAUUGCUAUUCCUUUCUAGAAGAUGGACCACUGGAUUUUGGGGGCUCAGGAAAUACUGCUUCCAAAAGAAGCGUUUUUUCCUAGCUAAGAAAAGGCGACAAAGUGCUCCAUCAGUUGUGAGCUUAAACCGGAACAAAUCAUAUAGAUCUCUCCAGGGCAGAAGGAAGAUACUCCGACUCCACAGUGAGAGGGUUCCUGAAGUGGUUCUAAAUGCACAAAACCAUCAAAAGCCAACUGCUGAACAUAGCCCCUUUGCUACCAAAACAUCGAGAAGGACAAAAAAGCCCUUUCCCAAUGGCAAAACUGGAAGCCCACAUGCACAGCCAGUAGAGAAGUUGGACAAUGAAUCCUUUCAGGGUGAAGAUCUCUUGAAUAAAGUCACUGGAUUACAAGCAGGCACUGGUCUUGGUUGCAUCCAUGGGAAGGAUCAUGGUGCCUUUUGUGGUGGGCUGUGUGAUGCUGUCUUACCUGUAAAGAAGGAUGGUUUCACACACAGUGGAGAGGAAAGCAAUAAUCAUGAAGGCAAUGCAGUCUUAGUAGUCUUAAACAAUUGUAAAAAAAGGAGCUGUUACAGAGGGCUAGAGCAGAAUGGAUCUCGUGGCCCCUUGACUACUAAAAAGAGGUCCAAAUUCAACCCAUAUACUGUAAAAAAGAUACCUGUAUUUAUGAUGCAUAAGAAACUUUCUAUGAUUAGGUUUCGGAAUAGAAUAAUAAAAUCCCCCAAACUUAGAACAAGAGGCAAAACCUGCAAAUCAAGUAAAAUCAAGUCAAGCUGGGUGGAGAAAGUUACGCGGGAUUAUCAAGAGAAUCUUCAAGAAGAUUUUGAAGGUGGAGUUUGUAACUGGUUUUCGUGCUGGAAAUCUAAAAAUAACUCCUUUUGGAAUCUGUGUAGCUCAUCAGAUAUGAACAAUAAUACCCCAGGACCUGUAAUUGAGGAGAAUAAGUCACCUGAAUCUGACAUCUGCCUUAUACAGGAUGCAUUACAGUGCAAUGAUCUACAGUCUGAGGAAACUGCAUCCAGAGGUGGCAGUGUUAAAAUCUGCCAAGCAGAGCUGUGUAAAAGAGCUCCUUUGGGUACAGAGACCCUGCAUGGGACGGAAACAAAUGAGACUCCUGCUCUGGACAGCUGUGAUAAUGAUUUUUGCUUCUCAGUAACAGAGAGAGAAAUUGCAAUUUCAGGUCAAGAAGAUGCAGAAUCUAAUCAGGUUAUGUGUGUUGAUGAAAUGAUAUUGUUAGAAUCCUGCAAGGGGGAUUCAAAUAUAAACAGUAACCUUGUAAAUGGACCAUUAUCGGAGGAGCUGGUACAAAAUGAAGACAGCUCCUGCCAGAUGGAAGUAGAAGGCUCCAUAAAUCUGGACAUUUUUAGUGCAAAGUUACUAGAUCACCCUUACUGUAAAAGCCCCCUAGAGGAGCCUUCACCAGAAAGCACAGGACUAAAAUCAGGCACUCGAAAGGGAGGCAGAAGGAACAGUCUGAAAGUGUCUCGUGUGGCUGAUGAGCAGUUGUCAACAUGGAUUUGUGGGUUCCUAGAUGAAGUGAUGAAGAAAUAUGGCAGUUUAGUUCCACUCUGUGAAAAAGAUGUUCUGGCAAGAUUAAAGGAAGUCUUUAAUGAAGACUUUUCCCACAGAAAGCCUUUUAUCAACAAGGAAAUAACUAAGUAUCGGAUGCGACAUCCAAAAUCUUCCACUUGCAAUUUUCGGGUCUUCUAUAAUAAGCACAUGCUAGAUAUGGAUGAUCUGGCUACUCUGGAUGGUCAGAACUGGCUUAAUGACCAGAUUAUUAACAUGUAUGGUGAACUCAUAAUGGAUGCUGUCCCUGACAAGGUUCAUUUUUUUAACAGCUUUUUUCAUAGACAGCUGGUAACCAAAGGAUAUAAUGGGGUCAAACGAUGGACUAAGAAGGUGGACUUGUUCAAAAAGACCCUUUUGUUAAUUCCUAUUCACCUGGAAGUCCACUGGUCCCUCAUUACUGUGAACAUCCCUAACCGAAUUAUUUCAUUUUACGAUUCCCAAGGCAUUCAUUUCAAAUUUUGUGUAGAGAACAUCCGUAAGUAUUUACUGACUGAAGCAAGAGAGAAGAAUCACCCUGAGUUUCUCCAGGGAUGGCAGACAGCUGUUACAAAGUGCAUUCCACAACAGAAAAAUGACAGUGACUGUGGGGUUUUUGUGCUCCAGUACUGCAAGUGCCUCGCCUUAGACCAGCCUUUUCAGUUCUCCCAGGAAGAUAUGCCACGAGUAAGAAAAAGGAUUUACAAGGAGCUGUGUGAGCGCCAGCUAAUAGACUAACAAUUAAAAAAAAAAAAGUCAAGCUAUUUAUCUGGCAUUUCUGAAGAUUCCAGCUGGUGUUUGUGUACUUGAAUUUCUGAAAACUUCCGUGAAUUGCAAACAACUCUCAGCUGAGUGGUGUGGCCACUGUUACCUCAACUUUUUCUGUUCUUUCCCUGGCAGGACUUAACAGAGCUGCCACAAAAUAUUCCUCAUGUCAGUUUGGUUUCUUCUUUUAUGUUUUUUCCUGUAUUUAAUAUUUAUUAUCUAAGCAUGCAUAUAGGCAAAGCAUGCAACUAAAAAAAAAAAAGUAUAAAAUUGUAGAUUUGGUGCACCUUUGAAAUGUAGCUAGAAAUGACAGAAUACAGGUUAAAAAUUUGUUUGAAAACAUAAAGAUGCAUGAUCUGUUCUCUGACGCAAUAAUGCUUUGAAUGUAUCAAAAAAUUCAAUGCCAUAAAAGAGCAGCUAGAACUAUUUUUUGGGAACUCAAAUUAUUCCAUUUUUCUCAUUGUGGCUGUGUAGUACUGAAUUCCCACUUUUUUGGGGUGGGUGAAGGGGCUGCCUAUAGACUGCCUAUCUAAAUCUGCUUAUUUGUGGAGACCCCCUUUGAACAGAGUUGAAGUCACCAAUAAAAAAUUGUUUUCUGUUAA